AUGGCUACAGUGCUAAUAUGCCGAAGAUUUCCAAGGCUGAGCAGGGUGACUGCAUUGUCAACUACAGCAAAGUGCGAGGCCAAGAGCGGAAGUGGCAAAAGUGAGCAGAAAAGGGAAGAGAACCCAGAAACAGCCAACAUCAGAACCGAACCUGUGGCUACAAUCCAAUUGCUGAAUCCCCUGGACUACAGAGUAUCGUAUAAUCCAUCUGCCUAUGCCAAAAGCAGAGCUGCCUCCCAGCAGCAUGCUGCUGGCAACAGCGGCCAGGCUCUGGGUGACGCUUUCACCAGCCCUGGCACCGCACAGGUUCCGCACGCGUUGGGUACCGCCUCUUCUCAAGCUUUGCCACCUCUGAGAAAGGCCCUGCCAAAGCCCAUGUCCAAACCGCUCCUCAGUCAGACCAUCUCGGCGUGUUUCUCUGCGGCACAGAGCAGGCAGGAGGCAGAAGAGGAAAAGGCAGAGAGGCACGACUCCAAGGAGGACCCCCGCGUGUUUCAGAGGGGGCGGCCUGAGUACAGAUCUCUCAGCUAUGACAAGUCUGAGCCGAGAGAGACCCUUCCGUUGGAAGAAGGCAACUCCGUUUUACACAGUGUGGCCGUUUGCAAGGGCAGCCAGAGCCCAGGCACCAUCCUGGAUCAUUUUUGCAAGUUGAGUCGCUUGCCAGCGGAACACCGCGCGGCCUUGCUGUCCGACCCCAGGUUUAACAUGCUGUGUCGCGGCGCUGUCCAAAACCUCGGGUCGUUCAGCACAUCAGAGCUCGUCGGGGUUUUGAAGGCUUGCGUUCGCCUGGCCCUUCCGCCCACCCACCCUUUGCUGAGCGCCUGCGAGAACGAGUUCUGCCGGCGGGCGUGGGACAUGCAGCUGGCAGAGCUGCUGCUGGUGGCUGACUGCUGGCGCUGCCUGGAGCGUAGUGUGCCUUCCUACCUGAGCAUCUUGUUCAGCUAUGCCAACGUGCGCUGGAAAGACCUCACUUUGCCCCAGUUUGUUCAGCUCCUGUAUAUCAUAGGUGAAGGCCGGAGGUCUCCCGCGGACUUGAUGCAGAAGGUGGAGAGCAUGAUUUUGAAGCACUUGGACGCCUUCACCUUGGAGGAGGUGGGUACUAUCUGCUUAGGGCUCUUCAAAUCCCUCAGUGGCAUCUCUGACCACGUCAUGAGGAAGAUCGCGGACAGAGUCACCCUGCAGAUGGAACACAUGAGCACCUAUGCGUUGGUCAACGUCCUUAAAAUGCUCCGCUACGCUCGCCUGGACCACUUACCCCUCUUGAAGGAACUUGGGAAGGUUGUACCCGCUCGGAUCCCUACGAUAAACAUCCAGGGCAUCAUGCACAUCACUCUUAGCUGUUCAUCCCUACACUACUUCAACGAAGGCAUUAUGGCUGCUGUGGCCAUGUCCUUGCCUUCUAAGGUGUCCUACUGCCGGAGCAAAGACGCUGCCAAGUUCCUCUGGUCCUUUGGAUGCCUGGACUACGAGCCUCCGAAUGAGGAGGAGUUUUACUCCAGCCUGAUAAAGCAGAUGCAUGCAAAACUGCACGAAUUUAGGAAGUUUCCGGAGCAUCUGCUUACUGGUUUGCUUGGCCUGGCAUUUGUCAAACGCUUCCCAGAGGAGCUGAUAGAUUACGCUUUGAGGGAUGAGUUUGUACAGUUAACGAGAGAUAGCAAAUACGAGCUGAAAAAGGACCUGUUCACUCUUAGCAGGAGUGUGGAAAUUGAGUGCCCAAGCUACCAGGGCAGCCGCCUUCCACCUCAGUUUUAUCACGAGAUUACCGAGUUGGUUUUGAAUUUCGCAGAGCAGGAAAUCUAUGUCAGGCCUGAAAUCGUGGAAGCCGUGUCCCUUCUGGAGAGCAUGUUAGGUGGCCCCGAGUACGUGAAAAACCACAUGAUCCUGCCUCACACGAGGUCGAGUGAUCUGGAGGUUCAUUUGGCCAUGGAUGGACAUCCCAUCCCUUUCAACUUGAAGGACCCUGUUGCAGACAAGAAACUAAAAGACAUCGGAGUUAGUCUCACAGACGAUUUACUGACUCAGCUUAUAACGGGGAGAUUUAGUGGCCAGUCUCCCGUGGAGGUGGAAAACAAAGCCAGGACUCCUGCUCAGGAGAGUCUGCGCGCUGGGGAUUGCGCCGUGCUCUCUGGUGGGACUCCGAUCACGGAUGCCAGGUUGCAAGUUGAGCCUAAAUCGGGGCGCUCUCUUGAAGCCUCUUCCCUUGCCUUGAAUCCGCAGCCUCAGAGGGUGAAGCUGGCUAUCCAGGUGUCCAACCGAAACCACUACUGCUACUGCUCCAAGCGACUCUUGGGGCUGCACUGCUUGAAACGGCGGCAGCUGCGGCUGCUGGGGUACGUGGUGGUGGAGCUUCCCUUCUGGGAAUGGUUUCCCCUGCUCAAGCGCACGCGUUUGGAGAAGCUGAGCUACCUCCACUACAAAGUGUUUGACCCGGCGCAGCUCAGAGUGGGGGGCUAG